CAACGUACGCAUAUCAUUUACCUACGUUCAUCAAUACUCGUACUCGUAUUUACGGAAUUCGACAAUAGCAAUGGGAAAAAUAGUUUUGUAUGCCAUAGGUGGAAGUGCGCCGAGUCGGGCCGUUUUGCUUACACUGAAAGCGUUAAAUGUGCCUUUUGAAUAUAAAUUUUUAAAUUUAUUAACAGGAGAGAAUCGUACGCCCGCAUACCUUGCCAUUAACCCACAUGGCACAGUGCCAGCACUAUCUGACGAUGGUGAGAUACUCACUGAUUCACACGCUAUUAUCACAUAUCUAGUUGACAAGUACGGCACAGAUGAUUCGCUCUAUCCAAAGGAUCUAAUCAAGCGUGCCAAAGUCAACCAGUUUUUAUUCUAUGAGGCUACUGUGGUAUUCGACCGCACUUUUCUUAAUAUAAGCAGACUGAUUUUUAAUAAAAACAAUGUGAUUACAUAUGCCAAAAUUGAAGCCAUCUAUCAAGUCUAUGAACGACUGGAGAGUUUCUUGAAGGAACACGCUUACGUGGCUGGAGAUCAACUAACAGUUGCGGAUUUCUCACUAAUCGCUACAAUAACCACUUUGUUCAAUUUUGCCCAACUUGAUGGUGGCAAAUACCCCAAAAUUGCUGAGUGGGUGAAGCGUUUGGAAGAGUUGCCCUACUAUGCCGAAGCGAAUGGCGAAGGAUUAAAGCAAUAUAGUGAUUACAUUAAGUUGAUUGGCGGCUUUAAAGUAUUGCGUUAAAUGCGAUUAAUUUUUGUACAAAUGUUAACGAAGAAACAUACUUUGCAUACUUUGCGUACGUAUGGAUGUGUUUUCGUGUACUUGUAUGAUUUCUAAAACAGUCGAAUGUAAAAAGUUAAUCAUUGCCGCUUAGUGUUAAAACGUAAAUAUUUAUUUGUUGUAGUAUUCAACCUUCUAUAUACUCGUAUGUAUGUAUGUAUGGAUGGAUGUAUGUAUGUAUUUAAAUAUUUUAUAUGUAAUAUUUCCAGGCAAUAAUAUAAAUGUUUGAAAAUGGACUAAAUAAAGUAUGCAAGGAUUAUUGAACGAAAUGCU